GAACUUGGUUUGGGGGCGCUGCGGACUGCGGUUAGAAGGACAGGGCUGGCUUUUAAAUGGAAGAUUUAGGGGAAAGGACGAUUCGAGGAUGCAGCGAUUCUAGGGGGGAAGAGGAUAUCGAAAAAGCGUUAAAUUUGACUGUCAAGUAGAUCUGUUUUGCUGUUGGUUUUUCCUUUUCUUCCAGAUUUCUCUUAAUCUUUUUCCUGACUUCACUCUCAACUGAUUCAUGGCACCACAGAAGAAGCUGCAAGGCCUUGUGGCGGCCACCAUCACUCCAAUGACUCAAAAUGGAGAAAUCAACUUGUCUAUGAUUGGCCAGUAUGUGGACUAUCUGGUAAAUGAGCAAGGUGUGAAGAAUGUAUUUGUGAAUGGAACAACAGGGGAAGGCCUGUCCCUGAGUGUUCAGGAGAGGAAACAGCUGGCAGAGGAAUGGGUGGCCAAGGGGAAGGAUAAGCUGGAUCAUAUCAUCAUUCAUGUGGGGGCGCUGAGUUUACCAGAAUCAAAGGGAUUGGCAAAGCAUGCUGCCCAAAUAGGAGCAGAUGGCAUAGCUGUCAUUGCCCCGUCCUUCUUCAAACAGGUGAACAAAGAUGGGCUUGUUGCUUUCUUGCGUGACGUUGCAUCUGAAGCUCCUGGCAUCCCAUUUUAUUAUUACCACAUUCCUCCCCUAACUAGAAUAAAAAUUUGUGUUGAAGAGCUACUAGAUGGGAUGAAAGAACAGAUCCCUACCUUUCAGGGUGUGAAGUUCAGUGACAAAGACCUCCUUGACUUUGGACGGUGUGUCAAGAAAAACAACCAAGGCCAGUUGGUGUUUCUGUAUGGUGUGGAUGAGCAACUCUUGAGCGCACUGAUAAUGGGAGCAGACGGGGCAGUUGGCAGCACAUAUAAUUACCUGGGCAGGGCAAAUAAUUUACUGCUGGAAGCUUUCAGCAAUGGAGAUCACUUCUCAGCACAAAAAUAUCAGUUCUCUAUUCAGGAAUUCCUUGGCUUUGUAAUUGCGCAAGGCUUCGGCGUUGCACAGACUAAGGCAGUUAUGACCUUGGUUUCAGGGAUACCAAUGGGUCCUCCACGACUUCCGCUUUUGAGUGCCUCUGAGGAAUUUAUUGCCAAAGUAAAAGCCAGACUGGAGUGUGUCAAGAACUGCCCAUAUAGUUAACAUCAGUGUGGUCACUGAAGUCCAAUCCAUGUGAUUGGUUCAUCCAAUGUGGUUUGAGACGUCAUCUGUGAGAUACGCACUGAUUGAACAACUUUCAUGGAGGAAUUUGUUCUGGCCAUCCCAGUGUACGUCUUUUUAACCUUGACAACCCUACAGCAGCGAUUUUGUUGCCCAUCAGGGUUCAGACAAUUCUCACACAAAGAAACUAGCUUAUCUGAAGAAGCACCGUUAACUGAAAUCCUAGAAUUCUUCCACAAAUGGAAAAGGGGGGAUGCAAUGAAGGUUGAAUUGACCAGUUCUUAUGUAUUUCCUGCCAUUUUAUCUGAAAAGUAUUGAGCAAUAUGAAUGUAAUUAGAUUUGGUAGGCCUUAAUCUUGCUUUGUAUUUACGAAGCCUGUACAUUUAAGAAGCACCAAUAAAAAUGGAAAUUAUCUAAA